AUGUCUGAGACCACCCUCCGCGAGUCCAUCGACGGGGGCACCGAGGCCACGCCGCUGCUGGGCGCCGGACCAGCAGGAGGCCGUCCUCGCCCCCCGUCACGAUCCGCCACCGCCAUCGGCCGGGCCGAGGAGGAGGCCCGGGCUGCUCGUACAGACAGGAUCAUCAGGAACAUGCUCCUGCUGGGCAACCUGAUGGCCUCUGCCUCGGGCGGGUUCCUCAAUCUUCCCGUCGCGCGUCUGACCGAGGACGUCCUGUGCCACGCCUACUACGAGGAGCGUCGGUCGUCGUUGCUGGCGGCGACGGUGUAUGCGCCCAUUGACGAGGGCCAGUGCAAGCUGGAGCCGAUCCAGAGCAAGCUGGUCCAGAUCAUUGCCGUCUCGAGCGCGCUGACGGCGGCCGCGGGGUUUUUGAAUGCAUACCCGUGGAGCUCGGCGGCUGACAGGCUUGGUCGGAAAUUUGUUCUCUCCCUCUCCCUGGCCGGAAUCAUGCUGGGCAGCCUGUGGACCCUCAUCGUCCUCGCGUUCGGUGGUGCUAUUCCCAUUCGUCUGGUCUGGCUGGAGUGCCUUGGUGCCUUUAUCGGUGGUGGGAAUCCGGUUGCUGUGGCCAUGUUGUUGGCUAUGCUGGCUGAUGCCUCGAGUGAGGAAGAGAGGGCCGUGGUGUUCUUGAAACAAAACAUGGUCACCGUCUGCGGCAAUCUCGUGGCCCCGACCUUGUCCUCCUUCAUGAUGUCCAGGCUGGGGCCCUGGCCACCUUACAUCACAGGCAUAGCUCUGAUCGGCUCCUCGGCCCUCCUCGUCCUCUUCAUCCCCGAUGCAAAACACCCACCCUCGACAACCUCCUUCUCCUCCUCCGCCACCACGGAGCAGAACAGCAGCGACGAUGAUGAUGACGACGACAACGAUGCCGACGAGGACUCAUCUAUUCGAAAACAGCCCAAAUCCUCCUUCUCGUACUCCUCCCUCCGCCACCGCCUCCGCACCUCCCUCUCCAUCUUCACCUCCCCGCCCUCCCUAGUCCUCCUCCUCCUCACCUGCGCCGCCGACCUCCCCGUCCUGUCCUCCACCACCUCCUUCAUGGCCCUCUUCAUCUCCAAGCGCUUCGGCCUCCGCCUCUUCCAAGGAGGCUACGUGCAGACCGCCUUCGGCCUCGCCUCCAUGGCCCAAUCCCUCGUCCUCCUCCCCUGGCUCUGCCGGUUCCUCAUGCGCAACAACCCUGCCGCCACCACCACCACCCCCCGUUCCUCCUCUUUCUUCCGCCCAGCAGACGAGCAGCACCGCGACGCCGCCCUCGCCCGCCUAGGCGCCACCAUCACCGUCCUCGCCGCCCUGGUCAUGGGCGCCGCCCCGACCCUGGCCCUCUUCAUCGUGGGCCUGGCCCUCCUCGCCCUGGGCAUGGCCUACGCCAGCCUCGCCAAGAGCCUGAUGAGCUUCUACGUCGCCCCCGCCCACCGCUCGCGCGUCUUUGGCGUCGUCGGCAUGGUGCAGAUCCUGGGCGGCGUCUAUGCGCAGCCCAUGCUGGCCGGCUUGUUCUCCAUCGGCAUGAGGCUGGGCGGGGGCUGGGUCGGGUUGCCGUAUUUCGGCCUGGCCGGCUUGGUCUGUCUUGUUUUGGGCUUCUUGUUGUUGGUGAGGGUGCCGAAGAGGCCUGUGGGGUUGGACACGUCUUCGUCGUCUUCUUCGUCCUUAUCUGCUGAUGAGACUGGCGAAGGAAGAGCGGCAGAGUAGGAAUAGGGCCAAGAGAGGGGGGGGGGGGGUGGAGUGGGGUUGAUUGCCGUUGUUGGCAGAGCAUGCCUUGGCUUUCAUAUUUUUGUUCUUCUAUUACAUAAAGUUUAUUUGCUUGGGUGAUUGCUGGAAUGGAGGGACAUCAUGAACAAGAAGAAGAUGGCAGCCAGGACAUGGAGGCUCUCUCUCUCUCUCUCUCUCUCUCUCUCUCUCUCUCUCCCUCUCUCUCUCACUCACACACACACACACAUCUACUUUUGCAUAUGCAGUAUACGAUAAAGUGGCAUAGAAAUCCACAAUAGAGCUGAAAUAGAAAUCAACACACGAGGGAGGAGAAGGUUGUAUGAUCGAGAUACUACAAUUUGUCACACUUGUUCUCUGUC